AUGGCAGCGUGGCGUAUCUAUGGAGACGCGCAGUGCGCGAGGAGCCGCGGGCGCCUGGUUGCUAUGGAGCGGUAUAUAAGCGGCGCGGGGGGCGGUCCCGGAGCAGUGCGCGGGAUGGAUCGGGUCGGGGUGUACGGGCUGCUGGGGGCUGCGGCCGCUCUGGGCUCCGCGCCUCUCCUGGGACCCUGGCUGGCACUGGGCGCCCUGGUGGUGGGACUGCUGGGGGUUUGGUGCGUGCUGGGGGCCCCGUUGGAGCUGCUCCGGGCCCCAGAGGACGUGGGCUACCUGCCGGAGCGGGGCCGGGAUCGGGCAGCCACUGCCAGACAGGUGCAGAGGCGGCGGAGGCUGGGAGACUUACCUCCGGUCUACCCCAACGGGUGGUACCAUGUGCUGGGCUCCCGGGAGCUGGGACCUCAACAGACUCGGAGUCUGACAGUGCUGGGCGAGCAGAUCGCGGUGUUCCGCACCCAGGAAGGCAAAGUGUACGUCGUGGAUGCUUACUGCCCCCACCUUGGUGCCAAUCUGGCUGUGGGCGGCCGGGUGGUCGGCGACUGUAUAGAGUGUCCCUUCCAUGGGUGGCAGUUCCGUGGAGAAGAUGGAAAAUGUGCGCGGAUUCCAUACGCUGAAAAAGUGCCGGACUUUGCCAAAAUCAAGACGUGGCCGUCCUGCGAGGUGAACGAGACGAUCUUCGUUUGGUAUCAUUGUGACGGCAUCGAGCCCACGUGGGCCGUUCCCGAGCAGCAAGAGAUCACCAGCAAGGAAUGGGUGUACCGCGGCCGGACGGAGCACUUUAUCAACGCGCACAUCGAGGAGAUUCCCGAGAACGCGGCGGACAUCGCUCACCUGAAGUUCCUCCACGAGCCGGGGAUCGUUAGCGGCGUGGAUCUGCGGUAUACCAAAGCCAACACGUGGGACUUCGUCAAGCACUCCUGGAAGGUGGAGUGGAUGCCCGAGUCGGCCCCCAACAAGCACUGCUCCAAAAUGCUGCUGGACCACAGUCUGCUCCUGUUAGGGAUUCACGUUCCCCUGCUUGAUUUUCACGUUGUCGCCAGACAGGUGGGCCCUGGGAUAGUGUUCCUCACCUUCAAUCACUCCUUCUUGGGGUCUGGAGUCAUCUUGCAUUAUGUGACACCAGAGGAACCUCUGCUUCAGAAGGUGUCUCACAGUAUCUACUACCAGAAAAGUGUACCGACGGUGGUUCCCAAGAGCAUAUUAAGGGCAGAAUGUAUUCAGUUUGAAAGGGACGUCAUGAUCUGGAAUAACAAGAAAUACGUUUCCAAACCGCUGCUGGUGAAGGAGGACGCGGCGAUCCAGAAGCACCGGCGCUGGUACUCCCAGUUCUACAGCGAGAACAGCCCGCGCUUCAGCUUCCAGAAACACGGCCUGGAUUGGUGACCUGUGAGCGCCGCCCACUCCCCGCCCUUUUCGCCUAUUCCACCAAUCGGCAAACACUCCUCGGCUGCGAGGCGUCUGCGGGACGCGGAUUUCAGAGCGAAGGGAAAAUAGACUUUGAAACCGUGAAUAAUUUAAUGA